AUGAGCUUUGAGCUGCCGGAGCUUUUUGUCAACCCGCCGUUUGCGUGGGGGCCGCCGCCGAAGGAGAUGGAAAUGGGCGGCAUGAAGGUGCGCCUGUACCAGAAGACAGACGCGAUUUUCCCAAGCGACUGGCUGGAGGCGACGGCGGAGCAGGCGACGGAGAAGAGGCAGUUCACCACCGUCAAGGACGAGAAUCGGCUGAAGGCGCUGCGCAACCUUCGCGCGAAGGAUCGCCGCCAUGGCCCGGAGCGGCGCUUCGUGAAGCGUCCGCAGAACCCGCGCAGCCACUUUGCCAACAAAGUUAAGCGGAACCUGACGCUUCUACCAGACACCGUUCGGGUGCCAACGGAUGUGCGUAUUUUUGCCGAGUUCACGCAGGCGGAGCUGGCCAAGAUGCAAAACAUUCACGAUGCCCCGAUUGUGACAGACAUCUCCCUUCACAACUGUCCCUUGGUCUACAACAGUGCUAUGGAAAAAUCGAGCUGUAAGGCUCCCAUACGCCUCGACGAAAGCAAUAAAAAUCAGGAGUUUUUUGCCCGCUCGAAUACUGGGGCCGAUGGGCCGCUUCGCGAAAUCCUCAAGACGAAGGCGACUGGGACGCAUCCCAUUGUUGUCGCCACAGACGAGAUUCUCGCUCUCAUGAUGACGUGCAGCCGUAGUGUGCAUCCCUGGCAUCUUGAGAUUUUUCGCUACAACCGUAUUGUGUUUAUUUCGAAGGCGGAGAAGAGCAAUAUUGAGAUGCAGUGGGUUGGGGAAACAGCCGACGCCUCGCGUCGCCCCGUGGAAAACGACCCCAUUCAAUCUGAGCGCAUCACUGCUCUCGCGAAGGAGUCGACGGAGGUAAACAACGCGUUUGUCGCACAGGCGUGCUCAAAGACGCGUUACCAGAUGAAGUGUGAGAAGAACCCGUUCCCUGGAACCCAGCCGCGCCUGUAUCGCUAUCGCCGAUUUGUGAUGCACGCCGACACGGAGGACCGCUACGACCUAAUUGUGCGCUGUGAGGUGGACGCGGUGGAGGGUGACAAGUACGUCCGCAUCUUUGGGCUUCUGGAGCAGUGUACAGGGGGGGCGGAAAGCGAGUGGCGCAAGACCUUGGACGCGCAGGCGGCCAAGUGGAUUUCGGACGAAUACCGCAGGAACGCGCAAAAGAUGUCCCGCUGGGUGUCUCUCUGCCACUUGUCAGGGGCCUUAAUGAAGAUUGGCUUCGUGUCGCGCAGCUACAGGAGCAACGGGACGCUGGACCCGACCAAGCACGAGAUUCUCGCCACGCAGACGAAGGACCCCGGCCCGCUCUCCGCCCAGCUUGGCAUUAAGGUGGGGAACAUGUGGGCCAUUGCCGACGCCAUCAUCAUGGCGGUGCUGCGGCAGCAGGACCUCAGGGAGGCGCUUCUCGUCAAGAAGAGUGGCGAGCAGUCCAUUCUGCUCAUUGAGAAGACGGAAGAUGAGGACGACGAGGAAGACGACGAGGAAGGCGACGAUGAUGACGAGGAUGACGGCGGAGACGAGUAG